CGCUAGAUGUCGAAACUAGUUGAUAUCUCGCCGAUAGGCAAAUGAUUGCGUGUCGUCUUCUGCUAGAAAAUUAUCAGUUGGUACGCAUUCUCCUAUCUUUCAAAUUUACUUGAUUUUACUUGGAACCACGUUACGGUAGCGUCGACCAAAAGAGUCUAAUGACCUCGCUGCACACAGCUGAACUUUGAAAUGGCCUUGAGUUUGGGCGAUAUCGACGCCUGUAUUCAAGAUUUAAUUGAUUUAACCGAAGAUUACAAAGAGCUUGAAGCAACCCACAAGGAUUACACAGUUCAGUUAGAACAACUGUCAGAACUACAAACAAAAUGUGUAAAAAAUCUAAGUCAUCAAAGAUACAGAUUAGGAGUUAUCAAGUCAACACUAAAGAAGUUGAAGCCUAAGGAUGAGUCUGAAAAAGAGAAGUAUGAACUUCUGAAUAAAGAUUUGAUGCGGAGGCAGGCCCAGCUAAAUGAGAUGGAAGAAUCUCUACCAAAAAAGAGUGGGACAUACCUCAAAAUCAUUCUAGGAUCUGUCAAUGUAUCAUUUCUUAACAAGCAAGAAAGGUUCAAGUACAAGGAUGACUAUGAAAAGUUCAAACUGGCUCUAAGUGCAAUAGCAAUGGGACUAUCUGUAACAAACCUUCUUGCCAAUUUGAGGAUCUUGGAUUUGGCUUUUGUUUUCUUGAUGGUGUGGUACUACUGUACUUUGACCAUCCGUGAAUCGAUAUUACGAGUCAACGGCUCCCGAAUCAAAGGGUGGUGGAGAGCACAUCAUUUCAUUUCCACUGCCUUAUCUGCAGUUUUACUCACGUGGCCUGACUCCGCAACGUAUCACCACUUUCGUCACCAGCUUAUGUGGUUCUAUGUCUACAUUAGUUUUGUUCAAUACCUUCAGUUCAGAUACCAGCAGGGCUGUCUGUAUCGUCUCAAAGCUCUGGGUGAGCGACACGAUAUGGAUAUUACCAUCGAAGGAUUCCAUUCUUGGAUGUGGCGAGGACUCAGUUUUUUGCUUCCUUUUCUCUACCUGGGAUAUUUCUAUCAGUUGUACAAUGCUUGGGCCUUGUAUCAACUUAUUUCCCAUCCGAAUAGUGAGUGGCAGAUUCCAGUCCUUUCCUUCCUUUUCCUGAUACUCUUUUUGGGGAAUAUUUUGACAACAUCGAUGGUAAUUCCGCAAAAACUAAGAGACAAAGUUCGUCUUAAAUACCGUUUCACACGUCUCGACAAGUAUUUUUCGACUUAUACCAAGGGUGAUAGACGAUUUACGUUAUCUGGUACGUUAUCUGAUCGUUCGCAAUCGAAUGAAGGGCGAGAUUCCGUUAUCCAACGGGAGCAUGCACCAAAAACUGAUUCGGAAAAAUUAAAGAGGAUGAUGGUUCAUCUAGAGACAUAAGUCAUAAUUUUGAGGAUGAAAAAGACCAAUGAUGAAUGAAAUUGGUGUUACAAGAAAGAAAGUUUGCCCGAGAUACAGUCAACUGAUCGGAAAACUUAGAACUUGAGACGGAUACCAAAUCCAAUCACCAUUGAAAGAAUAUUUUUGUCUUGUCUGUUGUUCCUUUGUUUGUUUUUUUUUUUGUUUGUUUUUUUGUUUGUUUUGUUUUUUUUUUUUUUUUUUUUUUAAUUAUUAUUAUUUUGUUGGGGACUACCUUUUUCUUGAUUAAAUUUUUCCCCCUUACUCAAACCACGAAAGGAAAAAUUGAUUGCACUGGCACAUUUUCCCUUUGAUUUUCAUGUGUCCUAUAUUUUGUGGUUUUUCCAACAUUUAAACCGAUUUCGGUUUGCACCAACAGAUGGCUGUAUCCACGGAUGUUCUAAAUAAAUAAACAAUACGAUAUGGAUAACCAGUACAAUCGCCAUUCGUCACCAUGUGACCCAUUUUCUAUUCAAGAAGAAAAUGCUGAACUUAAAACAGCCUUCAACUUUAGUAACGUGUGCCUCCGAUUGCCUUAUCGAAUUAGUGCUGUUUUGGAAUUCGCAUCAACUUGAUAUCCAAUCCUUCACAAUUUUACGAGAAUACCUUUUAUAUAUUCCUAACAACCUGUUCGACCAGUGGGCAGAGAAGCUAAUGUUAAGGCUAGGUAGAUUGCAACGUAAUUCAGACGCCCAUUUUCUUAUUUUUAGUUCUGCCUUAACGCGAAUUGAUAUUGAUCAUUUCCCCACCCUGCCUGUUAAUGUGAAUAGACUUUGUGAUGGCUUUAGAUUUACCACAAAUCUAAGGUACUUGUGCUGUUGCUAUGCACCUUUCUUCUGGUCUCCAUCAGAUUUAUUGAUGCUUCAAAAAUCAGUAGGUCAUUUCACAAAUCUUCAAAGGUUGGUCAUAUGUAAUAUAGAUCUUAUGGAGAGCCCUUCAUUUCUGGAGACUGUUGGGAAGCAACUCAACAGCCUAAAAGAACUUGACAUCAGUUAUGGGAAAAUACCAGCAGACAGUUACAAAAAAAUAGGUGAAAACUUUUUACAUCUUGAAGUCCUAAGGAUAAAACAACAUUCAGAAGAAUUUCGUACCAUCACCCGUAAACAUGCAAUACAACUUCUUGUUUGCUUAUUGAAGCUCAAGAUUUUGGAUGAUGAUUCAACUGCAUGGAGCUGUGUUCUACCAGCCUUAACACAACUCAGCAAAGAAAUGUACUCUCAUUUAUAUGCUUCCAUAGAGCAUCUUACCAUCUACCAAUGCUCAGAAGUAAACAAUAAAUUUACCAAAAAGAUUGUGAGUGUUUGCCUAGAUACCAAAGUCUUCAGAGAGUCGCCGGACCAAAAUGUAACAAGCCUAAGCACCUGGCUACGCAACAAUUUUCCCGGACUCUUGUCAAUCAACCUCCGCCUAGAAAAUGUUUUGUUUAUGACAAUUGCAAAUUUUUUACAAAGUAAAAGCAUGGGAUGGAAGAUUCAUUCCAUUUUCCUAUCCAAAAUUCCCCUCAAUGUAACACAUUUCCAAAUUAUUGGAAAGUAUGCUCCUAAUCUUAAAAAGUUGGAAAUACUGAACCAAGUAAUUUUGGAUGUAUCAACAAAUAAUCAACACAUCGCUGCAGAUGAUGAUGGCCGUUUAUUAGCCCGGCCAUAUUUUCGUCAUCUUACACAUCUCUCUUUCACUGGAGCCUGGACGGAAAAUAUUGUCUGCGUUCUAUUGAAUAAUUGUGUUUCCCUGCAAGACCUCAUUCUAAAACCAAAUGUUUUACCGGUGACAUUCCUCAAGCAUAAUCCUCUUUCAUAUUUGCAGCGACUCAUUCUUGAUAGGUCCCAUUUGGUUUGGAACGAAUGUGAUCUAGAGUUGAAUUUUCUUCGAUGUGUCCUUAAAUCAGCAUCAAGCUCCCUUAGAGAACUUGGCCUUAAAUCUAGGCCUCCCAUGGAAUGGGAAGGUCUUCUUCAGCAGUUAAAAAUGGAAAAUUGUGAUUUUCAAAUAUUGCGACCUAUAGUUUAAAAUGCGUGCCUCAAAUUCCAAAGAUUCAUUUAUUCCAAACAAUAAGUAAAAAUUGCCACAGUUACUAUAGUAACCCAUUUUCGAUCGUGUCUUAACACACAAUUAUUAGUUAAACAGAAAAGUUUCAAAAAUGCUGAAUUUUUCACAUUCCGGUGACUUUAAGUUUCCGUUGUUCUUUUGCCUUAUUUUUUAUAGCCCGUUGUCACUGCAUCAAAGAGAAACAUAAUGCUUUGCAUAAUAAACGAUUAUUAUUCAUUUA